GUUCUUUUAUCGACCGGACUGUCUGGACCCAAAGCUGUUUUCGGAACAAAGUAAAUCAAUUAACUGCUUUAGACACUAAUCGCCAUCGCAGACAUCGCUGAACUCUUAUCUGUAAGCUCGCUGUUAUAGAGCAUGUGGUUUCUCCGAAUAACAUUACUAUAAAUACUAGGUUACUGCUGCUUGGUAGCCAGGAGACAGCUUUCCCCGCUUGGGGAAGGGCCCUCGCACGGAGGAAGGGGCGAGGAGCUGAGCAGGAAUGAAGCACGUAGAGCAGAAAAAGGAGCAGCCGGCUCCCCUAGUCUGCACAAAGGAGCCUUACAAAGAGCAGAACCUGCCGCGUAAGAUCCAGCAAAUAUGCUUCGGAUUGCAGACGCCGCAAGAGAUAGUCAAAUGCGGCGUUCUUCAGGUCUACGAGCGUUCUCUUUACAAGAUGCCGGAGCGCGUGCCGCACCCUAACGGAGUGCUGGACCGCCGCCUGGGCAUCAGCAACAAGAACUACACAUGCGAGACGUGCGGGCAGCGGCUGGCGGACUGCGCGGGGCACUUCGGCUACAUCCGGUUGGAGCUGCCGGUGUUCCACAUCGGCUACUUCAAGAACACGGUGCAGAUCCUGCAGUGCAUCUGCAAGGGCUGCUCGCGGGUGCUGCUGCCGGAGGAGGAGCGCAGGGUGUGGAUCAAGCGGUUCCGCAACCCGCGGUUGGAGCGGGUGCAGCGCGGGCUGCUGUUCCGGCGGCUGAACGACCGCUGCAAGCGCCAGCGCAACUGCCCCUACUGCGGGGAGUACAACGCGACCGUCAAGAAGGCCUCGGGUGCGCUCAAGAUCAUCCACGAGCGCUUCGCCAAGAACGUGACCCUCUUUGACGAGUACAAGGAGACCCUGUCUGACGCGCUCAAGUACAACGACCAGCUGCGGCCGCACCUGCACCGCAUGGCUGACGACCUGCACCCGCUGCGGGUGAGGGCGCUGUUCGAGGCCAUCCAGGAUGAGGACCUGGACCUGCUGGACAUCCAGGGCCGGCCCGAGGACCUGGUUGUGACGCACAUCGCGGUGCCGCCGGUGGCCAUCCGCCCCUCCGUGGAGAUGGACGGGUCAUCCAACGAGGAUGACAUCACCAUGAAGCUCAUGCAAAUCAUCGAGGUCAACAACGUGCUGCGCCAGGGGCUGGAGAAGGGGCUGCCCAUCUCCAACCUGAUGGAGAACUGGGACUUCCUGCAGGUGCAGGCCGCCAUGCUCAUCAACUCCGACCUGCCGGGGCUGCCCGCGCAGUUCCAGAUGCCGGGCAGGCCGCUCAGAGGCUUCGUGCAGCGGCUGAAGGGCAAGCAGGGUCGCUUCCGCGGCAACCUGUCGGGCAAGCGAGUGGACUUCUCUGGGCGCACCGUCAUCUCGCCCGACCCCAACCUGCAGAUCUUCCAGGUGUGUGUGCCGCAGCACAUGGCGGUGGUGCUGACCUACCCGGAGCGAGUCACGCGCUACAAUGUGGACAAGCUGCGACAGAGGGUGCUCAACGGCAUCUCCACCUGGCCCGGCGCCAACUUCGUGGUCAGCCCCGACGGCGACAAGCAGUUCCUCAAGUUCGGCGACCGGCGCAAGAUCGCUGCGGAGCUCAAGGUGGGCUACACGGUGGAGCGGCACCUGGAGGACGGCGACGUGGUGCUGUUCAACCGGCAGCCCUCGCUGCACCGCAUCUCCAUCAUGGCGUUCAGGGCCAAGGUCCGCCCCUGGCGCACGCUGCGGUUCAACGAGUGCGCCUGCUCGCCCUUCAACGCGGACUUUGACGGGGACGAGAUGAACCUGCACCUGCCGCAGACUGAGGAGGCUCGCGCCGAGGCGCUCAACCUGAUGGGCUCCGUCAACAACCUGGCCACCCCCAAAAACGGGGACAUCAUGAUCUCGGCAACGCAGGACUUCCUCACCUGCGCCUUCCUGCUCACCUCCAAGGAUCGCUUCUACUCCCGCGCCGAGUUCUGCGGCCUGCUCGCCACCAUGGCUGACGGGCUGGAGCACCUGGACCUGCCCACCCCCGCGCUGCUGAAGCCGCUGGAGCUGUGGACGGGCAAACAGCUGUUCAGCUGCCUGGUGCGGCCGGCGGCGGGGGUGCGCGUGUUCGUGAACCUGGAGAUGGCGGAGAAGGUGUACAGCAAGAAGGGGGAGCACAUGUGCCCCAAUGACGGCUGGGUGUGCUUCAGGAACAGCGAGCUCAUCAGCGGCAGGCUGGGCAAGGUGGUCCUGGGCGGCUCCAAGUCCGGCCUGUUCGGCACCCUCAACUGCGACUACUCGCCCUACGCCGCCGCCUCCGCCAUGUCGCGCCUCGCCAAGAUGGCGGCGCGCCACAUGGGCAACCGCGGCUUCUCCAUUGGCAUCGACGACGUAACGCCCGCACCCCGGCUGGAGGCGGCCAAGGCGGACACCGUGGGCAAGGGCUACUCGGACUGCCAGGAGUUCAUCACCGCCUUCAAAAAGGGCGAGCUGCAGCUGCAGCCCGGCUGCAACGCGGAGCAGUCGCUGGAGGCCAACAUGACGGGCGUGCUGAACAACAUCCGCGAGGUGGCGGGCAAGGUGUGCAUGGACACGCUGGACCACCACAACUCCCCGCUCAUCAUGAGCCAGUGCGGCAGCAAGGGCUCGCCCAUCAACAUCGCGCAGAUGGUGGCGUGCGUGGGGCAGCAGAGUGUGGGCGGCAAGCGCUGCUUCAACGGGUUCAGGGAGCGGACGCUGCCGCACUACCCGCGGGGGGACAAGACGCCGGCGGGCAAGGGCUUCGUCGCCAACUCCUUCUACAGCGGCCUGAGCGCCACGGAGUUCUGGUUCCACACCAUGGGGGGGCGCGAGGGACUGGUGGACACGGCGGUGAAGACGGCGGAGACGGGCUACAUGUCCCGCCGUCUGAUGAAGGCGCUGGAGGACCUGUACGCGCACUACGACUGCACGGUGCGCAACGCGGGGGGCGGCAUCGUGCAGCUGCUGUACGGCGAGGACGGCAUGGACCCGGUGGCCAUGGAGGGCAAGGACGGCAAGCCGCUGGACUUUGGAAGGCUGCUGGCAAAGGUCCGCGCCACCACCCGGCGUCUGCCGCUCUCCCAGGGUGGCGCCCAGGAGGUGCCCCUGCCCGCCCGCCUGGAGCAGCUGGUGGCGCAGCAGCUGCAGCGACCCCAGCUGGCAGCAGCCGCCUCCUCCUCCUCCUCCAUCACCACCAUGGACACGGCAGCACCCGCCGCAGCGAACGGCCAUGCAGGCAGCAGCAAGGGUGACAAGGGCAGCGGCAAGCCAGCCGCCUCCUCCUCCUCCCUGAACCUGGGCACCCCCUGGUGCAGCGACGCUUUCCGAGCGGGUCUUCGCGACUUCCUGGCCUCCCAGCUGACGCAAUACAGAGCUGCACGCAAGCGGCUGGGGCUGGACGAGGGCGAGCGCGGCGGGCAGGCGGCGGAGUACGUGGCGGGGCAGGAGGGCCUGACGCCGGCGCAGCUGGAGGCGUUCGUGUCGAUGUGCAUCAGCAAGUACGCGACCAAGCGGAUUGACCCGGGCUCCACAGUGGGUGCGGUGGGCGCCCAGAGUAUAGGCGAGCCGGGCACCCAGAUGACGCUCAAGACGUUCCACUUCGCGGGUGUGGCCUCCAUGAACGUGACACUGGGUGUGCCGCGUAUCAAGGAGAUCAUCAACGCCGCCCGGACCAUCAGCACGCCCAUCAUGAAGGUCGCCCUGGCCGUCGACACGGACGUGAAGGCCGCCCGGCUGGUGAAGGGGCGGCUGGAGAAGACCACUCUGGGGCAGGUGGCGCGGCACAUCAAGAUCGUGCUGCGGCCGGGCCGGGCGGGUGGGCAGGCGGAUGUCGGAGGGGGUGUGGAGGGGGCGUACGGCAGCGGCGGCGGCGGGGGUGCGUACGGCGGCGGGCCCCGCAUCCACGGUGAGGCGGUGAUCUCCAUCCGGCUGGACAUGGCGACCAUUGAGGCGCUGCAGCUGGACGUGGAUGGGCACACGGUCAAGUACAGCAUCCUGAACACGCCCAAGCUGCGUCUGAAGGAGCAGCACGUGCGCGCGGUGGCGCAGGACAAGGUGCUGGUCUACCCGCCCGACGGCAGUCGGCAGGGGCUGCUGUUCUGCCUGGAGGGGCUGCUGGGGAAGCUGCCAAAGGUGAUUGUGAUGGGCAUCCCCAGCGUGGAGCGGGCGGUCAUCACGAAGGACAAGGGGGACAAGUACGCGCUGCUGGUGGAGGGGACCAACGUGCAGGCGGUGAUGGGCACGCUGGGAGUGCUGGGCACCCAUACCACCACCAACCACGUGGCGGAGAUCGAGCGCUUCAUGGGUAUCGAGGCCGCCCGCUCCGCCAUCAUGUCGGAGAUCAAGUACACUAUGGGCAGUCACGGCAUGAGCAUCGACGACCGACACAUCAUGCUGCUGGCGGACUGCAUGUCGUACAAGGGCGAGGUGCUGGGCAUCACGCGCUUCGGCAUCGCCAAGAUGAAGGACAGCGUGCUGCACACCGCCUCAUUCGAAAAGACCGCCGACCACCUCUUCGACGCCGCCAUUCACGGCCGCGUUGACGACGUGGUGGGGGUGAGUGAGAGCAUCAUCAUGGGCAUCCCCAUGCCCACCGGCACGGGACUAUUCAAGAUCCGACACAACGUGGUGGGGCAGGUGGGGCGCCUGUUCGAGCGGCCGCUGCCGGUGCUGGCGUACGAGGAGAAGGGAGGGCCGGG